CUAAGAAGACUUGGCAGUUGUGGUUCCCCACACUGUAUUGCUCGAUUUGAGUGAAGAGCUGAAGCCGGAGAGCGAGCUCCAGUGCCUCAACAACAAUGGCGGAAAUCACAGAACCUCUCAUCCCUCCAAAUCAGACACCUCAAGCAGAAGCAGCAGAUGAACCGCCUCCAGACUUCGAUCCCGAAACCAUGCGGAAAACCAAGCCAGGCCUCAAGCGCCUCAUCCUAACCCUCUCUGUCCUCUUCUCCUUCAUUUUAGGCGUCCCGUUAAUAUACAAAUCCGUCGAAAUUUACCGCGCGCCAUUACCCUUCCUCGAAAUCGAUUCUCUCUCAGCUGAAAUCGAUUCCAAUCCGCUUCUAUUUCCAUGUCGUUUCCAAGCAAUCUUCGUCGGCUUCGACUCCAAAUCCUCCAUUACCUCUCUGGAAUCUUCCAUUCUUCACCAAAUGAUCGAAUUGACUCGCCAAACGCCUCAAUGCGGCACCUGUAGCCCCAACCACAGCGUCUCAGUAGUCCUGGACUCCGAUUCCCACGGUCUCGUCGGUGCCGUUGAUUUUGACGGCGAUGAUGAGGCUGUGGAUGAGGCUCUGCAGGCUGUGUUUGGGGGUGGUUCGGGCUCCGGCUCCGGCUCCGGCGGAGAGGUGUAUACGGUGGUGGUGGUGAAUAGGGGUGGGGAGGAGGUGAGAGCCGUGGUUGGCAAGUAUAGGAAUGCUUGGAUUCUCGGCAGGGUUUCGGAGGCGGAGGCGGUGGCGGAGGCGGCGGAGGUGUUUGUUAAAGUGUUUGUGAAUGGUGGGAAGGAGGAAGGAUUGAUUCAUGGCGAGUUUAUGCCUGUUGGUGCUGAUGGAACGCUUGUUCUGUCGUUCAAUUUGCUAAAUGCAGACCCUCGAGAUUGGAUUUAUGAUUGGGACUUUCAGACAGUAGAUGAGACUCUGUUGGCUCCAAUGAUUGAGGCUAUGAAACCUGUAGCAAACAUAAGCGUGGAAAGUCAGGUGUUAUACCAUGUGCCGAAGUCCUCACUGUCUUACUGGGAUGAUAACUGGGACAGCUAUAUUUUCAGUACCAAGGAUCUUCCUUUCUUCGUAAAUUCGAACGAAUGGCACUUGGAUACAUCCAUUGCAGCUGGUGGGAGGUCAAAGAUGUUGCACUUUGUGGUAUAUAUACCAUCUGCAAAGGAGUGCCCUCUUCUUCUACAGCUUCCAGAUGGGCAGAUUUCCAAGACAAAUAGCUUUAUAUCUCCAAUGUGGGGAGGUGUUAUUGUGUUGAAUCCCCAAUCAUGCAGAAAGAAUUCAGAAAGUAAGCAUCCUUCUAGGCAUACAAUUUUGCAUGAGGAUCUGCAGAAGGUUUUUGAGGUUUUCAUGGGACAGUUCCGCCAACUUUUUAGUUUUAAAUCUGAUAACUUGUAUGUUGGGGCUUCAGGCACGUACAACCUUUUACCUAGUGAAAGAGGCUUCACAGUAUGGGAAUUAGAUGUUCUGUCACGUAUGCAUACGUGCUUCAAUCUUCAUUCAUGUGCCACAACCCUUGGAUCUCUCUCCAGAUUGGUUCAAUCCUUGCCGAGGAUGAUUAUAAAGGAUGAGAUUGGAAAGCAGGUGAAGUAUUCUCUGGAGGCAGCAAAGUUGGCUCAAACUAAUGCCUCUCUCGGUGUUUAUGAUGCUUCUGCUGUGUCUUCUAGGCAAGCAAGGUCUCUAGCAGAGGAUGCCUUUUUUCAUCCAUCGAUUAUGUCGGUCAGCUACUAUUCGUUCGAGCAUUGUUUCGCUGUCUAUUCGCCUUUCUUUCUGCCAGUUUCGAUGCAUGUUAUAUUGGCGGCUCUAAGAGAAUGGAGAAGAUACAAGAAAGAAAAUAAGAAGUACCUAGUAUGGAAGGCCAAAAUGAAGGAUGCAUCGUAAUCAUAUCAAGUUGUCAUGGAGCAGGUUAUUAUUUGGUUAGAAGGCCAGAAGACAACCGAAAAGCAGUUCAGCUAGCCCUUUCGUGUUGGCCUAAGUGAUCAAGGAAGUAGGGACAAAGUUACGAUAAUGAUAGAUCAUAUGUUGGAUUCAUCCCAAUUUGUGCAACAAAAGUUACAUGCCCUCAAAAUGUAUUCCAUUUGAGGGUUCUUAACUCAUUUCUUAGGCUUUCAAGUCAGCUGGUGUAUCUUGGAGCAUGUUAUUCCGAGAAAAGAAAAGAGAACUAGAGAUGUAUUUAUCUUGAAUUCAUAUUGAAAAUAACACUUUUGUGGAUUUGAUCAAA